AUGCCGCCCAAGAAGCAGAAGCGCGCGCCGAGGCGCCGCGCGCCGGGCGGAGGCACGAUCGCCGCGCUCCUCGCGACGCUCGACGUCCCCGCCGACGCGCUCGCGGCGGCGAACACCCUGGAGGAGGAGUUCAACGUCAUCAAACGCGCGUUUCACGUCGCGGCGAAGACGCAUCACCCGGACAAGGGCGGCGACGAGGCGGCGUUCCGCGACGUCCGCGCGGCGUUCGACGUGCUCAAGCAGAAAUUCACGGACGCCUCGGGCGGGUCGUUCUCGUACAAGACCGCGCGCGGCUCGAAAGCGUCCACGGCGAAGGAGUGGAAAGACGCGAGCGCGACGGCGGACGACACGCACCGGCCGUCGUACGACUUCUACGCCGCCGCCGCGGAGGCGGACAUGCCGUUGUAUCGCGCCGAGCUCGCGAAGAGUAACCGGAGCAAGUGCAACGCGGACGACGGCAAGAACCGCCACAACUGCAAGUUCGAAGACCCGUUCAAGAUCCCGAAGGGUCACGUCCGAAUCGGCGUGUUGGACGCGCAGAGCGGCGGGCGCGUUUUAUACACCGGUCCCCAUACGACCCCGUUCGCGUGGUGA